AUGGUGCUACCAGAAAAGCCUGGCUUUCAAGUAACCCGGGUUCCUGCCACUGAGGAAGGAGCUCGCACUAUCUGGGACAUUGAAAUGGCCGCGCAGAAUGACAGCAAUAAGAAGAAUAAUAGCUCAAUUGGAGCCUUACUCUGGCCAGCUCACCUUCAGCCCAAGGUUGAGGGCCCAAAGAGAGCAUCAGAUGGACAAGAUGACGAAAUCCGCCGCAUGAUCCCGAUGCUUGGAGAUCCUAAAAACAUAUACCUGCUGAUAACGGAAGAAGCCACCAACAAGCCGGUGGCAUUUGCAUGCUGGGCUCAUUCUAAGGGCAAGACAGCAGCACAAUGGGCAGAGGGUUAUAGCAACCGAUAUCGCCCGCCGACCAUGAAUGGUGCGCUGAUGGAUGCUACGGGAGGAGUACGUUACCUGAAGCGAGCAGAGCUGCUUGGGGAGAAGGACCUUUUCCAACUGAAAGAAUUAUAUGUUCUUCCGAAUUAUCAGCGCCAGGGGCUUGGGGGUCUGCUGGUGGAAUUUGGUGUUUAUGAAGCGGAUACACUUGGUUUACCUGCUUACACUGAGGCAUCUCCAGAAGGAUUGGGGUUAUAUCUCAAGCAUGGAUUUAAAGAGGUUGAUCGGGUGACAGUUGACCUAGAGCAAUGGGGUGGUUCAAAGGGAGAUGUUAAUUCCUAUGGGCUUUUGUAUCGUGAGGCUAGCUCGUUUAAGUGA